UUAGUUCAAGAUGGAAGGCAGUGCGUGACAAACAAGUGUGCUUGUAGUAUCUUCUGCCAUUAACAUGUUCGUGAUGGAGUUUUGUAAUUCAAGGCAUCACCAGACCAGUGUUAUUACUAGAGUACAUGUAUGUGAGUAAAGCAGUGGAGGAGACAGAUCUAGUCUCAGUGUGUGGACUUCAACGACAGCAUAUUUACCAUCAGGAUCUAGAACUGAUCCCAGCAGGUGUCUGAAGACACUGCUCCUCCAGCCUGACCUGAUAACUAGGUCACAUUACAUAAUUCAAGCCUGAUCAACCCAGGCAGCCUGGUUUAAUGCCCUGUCUCCUGUCCCUGGGGAGAUAGCCAUUGUUUAACCAGAAAACAAUGUUCUCUCAGCAGGACCCUGAGAUGCUGAGAGGUGAUCUAGGUGAAGAUUUGACCUAGAGUUGUCUGGACCAGCGUUGGAGGGAACAGCAAAGCAGUAGUGCCCAGCAUCAUAAGUCAUCCUCUUGCCAGACCUGCCUUUUCUGGAGAAGCUUGGCAUGUGUUUACUGACACUGUUGAAUCUGGCCCUCAGUGUUGUCUCAGCCCGGGGCUUGGGCCCAUUGCAGCACAUAAACAUCCCCGUGCAGUGAUCAAUAUGGAGACAGUCUGAUAGAAAACUCUGUCAGAUAGCAGGAUUAACUCCUGUCAGCCUUUCAUCACUGUGCAUGCUGUUGCACCUCAUCACAGUUAUAGUUGGUUCUUAUCAGCGACCAUACCAGCUUACAUGUACAUGUACAUCUGCAUGUGAAGAGAAGCCUGGGACAGUUUGUACAAUUGAUCUGAAGUAUGGAGGACCGUCGGGUAGCAGACUACUUUGUGGUGGCCGGGUUGCCAGACAACCCGCUGCCUCUGGAAGAGUUCUCUAACGAAGCCAUCAUAAAGCCCACUCACAAGCUCGACCCUAUCACAGACAUCACCAUCAUCAACAAGAGUCUAGGGGAGAAGAUCCCUAAGGGGUUUACCUGUAUAGAACGCACGCCCACUGGACUUCCUGCAGAUCUCAACCAUGGCAGUAUUCGCUGUAAUGAGCUGUUUCUUUGUUACAGAAGAGGCAGGGAUAAGGCCCCUCUAUCAGAUAUUGGGGUUUUGUAUGAGGGUAAAGAGCGUGUGAUGCCCGACAGUGAAGUGGUCUACUCCACACCGUUCGGACACCCAGCCAAUGUGAACAACAGUAGCAGUAACCGUAUCUACAUCACCUACAGACGAGCCAAACAGUUUGCAGCCAGUGACAGCCUGGCAGUCGUCGAUAUCUGUAUUAUUCUUACAAACAAGGGGGAGUCACCACCUCAUGCUUACUGCCAGAUUGCCAAAAACCUUAAUAAGGGAAUGGUGGGAUCAGAUGUGUUCCUGUGUUAUAAAAAAGCUAUGACAAAACAGGACGUGCUAGCCUAUAAACCAGCAAUUCUGAAUCGUUACCCACUGGAGGAUUAUGAGAACUUUCCCCUACCCGAGUCGGUACCCAUGUUCUGUUUGCCUAUGGGGGCUACUAUUGAGUGUUGGUCGGCCAAGGCACAGCAUCCUCUCCCUGUCUUCUCAACCUUCAUCCUCACUGGAGCAGCAGGAGAACAGGUGUACGGAGCAGCUGUGACAUUCUAUGAGGAGUUCCCAGAAGAGCGGUUAACUGAUCUCCAGAUGAGACACCUGGGGCUGAAGAACAAGCACAUCAGAGAACAGUAUCGCAUCUUGAAAAACGUCCACUUCAACAAGUGCAUCUGUCUCCUCUCACAUUAUCCUUUCUUUGAUGCCUUCAAGAAAUUCCUGUCCUAUUUGUAUAAAAUAGCCAUCACAGGCCCACAUAAUGUACCAAUAGAAAGACAUAUAUCUCACUUUAUGUUUGAAGUUCCAUAUCCAUCACCUCAGAGACCUAGGAUUUUAGUACAGUUGAGAGAUGAGGCUUUAUCACUUUCCAUGCCGGAGGACUCUCCCUUACCACAGAGUGGUGCUUCAUUUGUCACCCUGCUGAAGAACCUAGGCCCAGACAACUGCAUGAACAUGUUACUGCAUGUGCUGACGGAGCAGAAGAUUCUCAUCCACUCCCUGAGGCCAGCUGUACUUACAGGGGUCGCUGAGGCUGUCUCCACAAUCAUAUUUCCAUUCCACUGGCAAUGUCCAUAUAUUCCUCUCUGUCCCCUGGGUCUGUCUGAUGUUCUGAAUGCGCCUUGUCCCUUUAUUGUUGGUAUUGACUCACGAUACUUUGAAUUGUAUGAUCCCCCUCCUGAUGUGAUAUGUGUGGACCUUGACACAAACACGAUUUGGCUACCUGAGGAAAAGAGAUCCUUGAGUUUUAAGCAAUUGCCUAAGAAACCUGCCAAGGUUCUACAGGAGACACUGAUCAAGCUGUUUGAGGAAUGGACUCAAAUGCCUUCAGCGGCCAGUCAUGUUCACGAGGAGAUUUCACUGGAGAUGCCAUCCAUGGACUUUGAUUUCAAGCGCAAGAGGAAAGAGACCCUAAUGGAACUGUCUAUCCAGGAAGCAUUCCUCCGCUUCAUGGCCUGUCUGAUGAAGGGGUACAAACCAUAUCUAAAGCCCAUCACAAAAGCUCCUACACUGUCUACCACAGAUGCCAACUCCCUGUUUGAUUUACCAGGAUUUUUCAAGAGUCGCGACAAGGCUUAUCACAAGUUCUUCACCCAGUUCAUGAGAACUCAGACCUUCAUCCGUUUCUUGGAGGAGAGGUCAUUUGUGUCCACCAACGACGCCGGUCUCGCUUUUUUUGAUGAGUGCACAGAAAAGGUUGAAGAAACUCGUGACGAGCCAAAGUUGAUAGAAACUGAUGACUCCGUUAACAGUGAAAGAACGGUGUUCAUCUUACCUCCUGAACCAACUGAUUUACCUGAGGGGAAGACAUACAGUUACAAUGGGUUUCCACCAUUAAACUACGACUUAUUUUUACAAAAAACCAAGACUCAUGCUCCUCUGUCAGGGAAACAGAGUGGAUGUCCUCACAGUCCUAUGGCAAGACGAACAAAACAGGAGGUCAAAUCUGCCCAAAAGAUGGCACAACAGCACAUAACUACACCCCAUUUGUGGUCAAAAUGCUUGCUGGCACAUUGCUACAGCCUGUGGUUUGUUCAUCUGCCAGCCUUCGUGAAAAAUCAUGCAUCGAAACCCAAGGCCUUGCAACUCGCUUACGAGGUUCUCAAGAGAAUGCAACGUGUGAAGCUUCAACCUCCAGAUGAGAUCUGUUUCCGAGUGCUGCUGCAGCUAUGUGGACAGUAUCAUCAGCCAGUUCUAGCUGUCAAGGUUCUGUUUGACAUGAAGAGGGCAGGCGUACAGCCUAAUGCCAUCACAUACGGCUAUUAUAACAAGGCUGUGUUAGAGAGUAAGUGGCCGUCAGUGAACAGUCGUGGGAUGCUGUUAUGGAACAAGCUGAGGAAUGUCAUCCUAGGUGUAGCCCGCUUCAGGAAGCUCUCCCGGCGCCGCAGUCUGUCCCUGUGCUCCAACUCUGGGAGCGACUUUGACCAGAUCAGCCGGGCGAGUAUCGACAGUUACCUGGAGGACGGGACAGGUGAAAAGGUGGAUGUACACAAGGCCGGCCUGGCGGAUGACCUGAUUGCUGUCAGCACGCCGCUGGAGAAGGGAAACAGUGAGGAGAGGAUCAGCUCUGGAGGGGUCUCUGAUAAAGGCUACAGUUCCAUGACACAGGAGGAUGCUCAGCGCCUGUCGCAGGCCCUCAGUCACUCAGAUCUUCUGGAGAAGAGCGCCGACAAGACUGAUGUCUCUCCCACCAAACCUACUCGCUUUGAUAGGUCGGGAUUCCGGCUGAGUCUACGGAAGCGCUCCAGGCGAAAGGAGAACAAGUCUAGUACAAGCUCAGAAUACGACCAAGAUGGUUUUCGUAUCCCAGAGAUUCGUGGUAGAGUUAACAGCUUGGUGCGCAAGUCCUGUAGCAGUAUGGGCAGUACUAACAGCUUUGAUACACUUCAUGGAAGCGUGGGGAGCGCUGCAGGGCUGUUGAUGGUCAGUCAGACCUCACUGGACGAGAGUGUAUUCGGACAUUUGGGUGAGUUACACCUGAGCACGAGCCUAGGCCAGGAGGAUAUCACGCGAAAACGCCACAAGAGUGCCGGGGACCAUGGCCAGAUGAAACAACGCUCAGUCAGCCUGUUAGAGAAGAGAGGUCGUCAUUCAAGUGAUGAUGAGAAAACCGCUCAAGUUAUCAGAUUUUGUGACUUUGCAAAGAAAAGAGACGGUCACGAUAAAUCCAUUGUGAACGGUGAUGUAUUCACAGACAGCCAUAGACAAGAAAGUUCGGCUGGUGCUGUAAAUGCUCCCUCUGAUGGCAUGACUGUUAAAUCAGGGGGAGAUAACCCAUCCACAGACCUUUCUGUGUACGGUAGUAAAGAUGCUGAACAGACAAUCUCUCCUAUAGUGAAACCACCGCAGAGCCUUCAACUAAACAGCCAGUCUAGUCAGUCAAAUGUGAUGAGAACGGAGGAGGAUAAGAGAACACCAACCAUUCACUCUCCGCGGGGCAGCCCGGAGCGUAAGUCUGCCACCCCUGUGCUUACGAAUGAUCCACUGGGAGCAUUUAAUGAACCGUUACAAAACAGGAAAAAAGAUAGUGGGGUGUCCGGGUCAGUAUCGCCAACUCACAAAAAGAAACUCCCCAAAUCCCCUCUUACCACCACGUCACCCCUUAGGACACCUAAAGUGGAAGAUGCCGAGAGUUUAUUUGGUAGGAAGAGCUCUGUAGUUUCAGAAAACAGUGUGUGUUCUUGUGAUGACUCGAGUAGCAAAGCAGUGGGUGUCAACUGUGUCUGCAAUAGCCCUAGUGCCAAAAAACCCUGGUUAACGGACUUACAGGGUGAGACACCCAUCUCCAGGACAAGCAGUCUCCCUGGGGGAUCCCAGAGUGCAGUGCAAAGUCCGUCUGAAGUGAUUGAUACUAAGACAGAGCUGUCACGAACAAGUAGCACACCGGAGUGGCUGAGCUCCCCUGAGAAAUCCAGGUUGAGCCUCUGGGGUCUGCGUUCACCCUUCAGGCAGGCUGGGGAAACUGUCCAGUCUCCUGACACCAGCACUAGCUCACCCAAAAUGGAAGUGGCUAAGGAAUUCGCCUUUCGGCGAACACAAAGUUUGCGCAAAAGCAAAGACGCUGUUAGUAAAAUGCUGAAAUUCACCGCCAGUGCUAUGGCGACAAAAUUCAACGAGUUUAAACAGUCAAUGAGCACUCCAACGAAAAGUGACUCCUUCUCGUCCCUAGGCCAAUCAUCAGAUAGGGACAGUAUUGAUAGCAAUGAUAUGGAGAAUCAGGACACGUUGAAAAGUCUGCCACGAGGCUUUGGAGGAAGUCUGGAUUACGUGCGAGGUAACGAUCGAGACUCGGAUGACUCGACCAGCGCAGAUAAAGUCUCUAUAAGCAGUGAUAAGAGAUACCCUCAAGGCAGUGCCAAACAGUCCUAUGGUGGCAUGGAUUAUGAAGAAUCCUCGUGUAAGAGUGCAUCGUUGUGGAGUCUCCGCCAAACGCUGGAGAACAUUGCGGUGGAGGUGGAGAUGAGCAGUUGUAGUCGCUGUAAUCAAUGCCGUUCUUUACUGUACGAUGAGGAGAUAAUGACCGGCUGGUCUGCAGAUGACUCCAAUUUAAACACCAGUUGUGUAUUUUGCAAUGCUAAACUAGUCCCUGAGCUCCAAAUAUUUGUUAAGGAUUGGCGUGUUGAUGCUCGAUCACGUAGUGAUAGUACAAGUCACAAAACCCACGGGACCAAGACAAGGCAUACCUCACUGUCCAACUGCGAUCACAACGAGGUGUUGUUUGAGGGGGACAAGGUACCUGGUGAUGAUCCCAGCCCUCCAAAAGACACGCCAGACCCUGAUAGCCUUGAGAGUUCAGAAACAUCAGGAGAUAAGACUGUCACAAGCCCCAUGGACAUGUCAGAGGCGGCUAACGCAGCCCGACGACGCUGCACCAGCGAGUGUAUGACCACCGCCACAGAGUACAUGCCAUCAGUGUCAUCUGUAGACUCGCAUGACGGUUGCGCCAUCACACGCCCAAUUCGUUCUCCUGUGGACAUCCUGAUAGAUGAAGAUAUGGAGCUACCCUCUAAGCCAGCAGCCGUGCCAGAACUGAAGAAGGAUUUUAUUUCAAGAUCCAGUUCAAACAUCGAGCCAAUCGUUGUGCCAUACCUGAGUCCCCUAGUGUUGAGAAAAGAGGUGGAAUCCGUGCUGGACAGUGAGGGAGACAUGUCUUUGGCUUCGGACACUUUCGCAGAUGAACAUCCCAUCAUUUUCUGGAACUUGUUGUGGUAUCUAAGGCGUAUAGAGCUCACCAGUUAUCUCACCGGCUUUGUGCUGACAGCCAAGUCUCUGAACCCCACAGCUGAACAAGGGGCACCUGCAUCCUGCCCAUAUGACCACAGGAAUGUGUUAAUACGACCUAUCUGGGAUAAUGUCCGGUUACAGGAAGACUACGGACCUCCUAUGUACAUGGAGUGGAACAUGGGUCAACAAUCCUCCACUGUCAAUGCCUUGCUCACUGAUGGACAGUCUUUCUCCAAGAGUGACAUGCAGCAGAUUGUAACCAGUAUUCGAUGUUGUGAUGUCUACACGCCUAUGAGAAUUGUUAUGAAUGCACGCCGGAAGAUGCGAAGAGGACGGACUCGAUUCCGCAGCAUGUACAGAGAAAUCCUGUACCUAUCAUUCGUGGCAUGUGGUCGGGAAAACAUUGACCAUGAUGCAUAUGAUCAAGAAUACAAGAAGGCGUAUAACCGGCUGACGCCUCAAGAGACCCGGCAACUUCAGCCUGACGACAAGCCACGUCCAGAGAAGGUCAUCCAGUGCAGGCGACAGUUCUCAGAAUUAGAAUUGUAAAAACUUAAUUUCGCUUUCCAUUUUUCCAUGCUUACAGUUAACUGUUGCUUAGGUCAGUUUUAGAGUACAGUUAGCAUUUGAAGGCCGUGUUGACAUUGCAAUGUGUAGUUCUGUUCUGUUGUAAGAACAGAAACAUGAUUAAGACUGUUUGACUGAAUGAGAAUCUUACGUGUUACAAUAUUGAUAGAGAUCCAUUCCAGUUGGCAAAAAGAGGAGGCAGUCAAGGUGUAAGAUAUCAAAUGUAGUUAAUGGUAGAAAAUGGAGAUUAGAUGAUAAAGUCUUGUAAAUAUGUAAGAUGCGAUGUAAUGCAGUUGAGCCACAUGAUGUAAAUUCACUGAAGUGCGAUAAUUGUUAUGAAAUGUUGUAGAUAUUUUCUGUAAAUACGAAUAGUACAAUAAGUCUAAGCGUAGAUUGUUCUAAUUCUGAUAAAGUUGUAAAUCUUAAGAGUUCCAAGUAUGAUACAUGUAAAUAAUCUGUUAUUCUUCAGUGUACGUAUAUGUAACUUAUGCUGGAGAUGCACAUCACAUAGUUCACGUUGAAUACGUUUCUUUGAUUCCCAGCAUAAUAUGGUUUCUUUCUUUUAGAGUCUAAAACUGCUGAAAAUAUAAUUUUGAUACUGUUGAGAAACCCAUUCAUUCCGUUCCUUCGUUUGGUGCUGAUACUGUCAUCACGUUCAAUCAUGGAUCCCAGAUGGUCCACAGACGCCUGUGUUCAAUGUGUCCAUAAGCGACGCUAUUAGAAGUCCUGUGGUUAAGCAUUUUGAUCUUCACAUAUUUUAAGUAAUGUAUUGUAAUAAUUAUAGAAACCUUAGCCUUCAAGCUGUUGAGUUUUAUAUCUAAUUAGUCUUUUUAUGUUAAAUUUAGUCUUUUUACGGAUGUAACAUGAAAAGCCCAGGAUAGGAAAUUUAUAAUUAUGUCACACAAAGUUAAAAAUACAUGUAUAUUAAUUCAUUUUUUGUGCACAGAGUAUCUGUAAAUUGCCACUUGUACGAACACCAAAUCUUCAGCAAUGAUAAUGUGAAGGGACUGAAGAAUAAUGUGCAAUUCGCAGGCAUAUAAUAUCAUGUUUAUGCCUUUAAACUCUGGUUUUGUUGUCAAACUUUUGGAUUCAUAUAUUUAAGUUGCCAUACCUAUAUCACCAUAUAAAUACUUUGAAACCUGGACACAGAAGUAGCAGUACAUAUACGUUCAGCAGAUGUACUGGAUCUGGCUCUAUAUACAGUGACAGUGACUAUGGCCAUUGCUUCUUUGGUGUAUCAGGAAAUGCACUUUUGAAUAGCUGAUACUCUGUAUGUAUGAGUUUCCCUUUAUUAUAUCAAGAACAUAAUAAAUGCUUUGCGAGAGCUAAAUUGUUAGUAUGGUAUAAGUGAAUGCAGCAGUUGUGUUUGUACUGUUCCAGUACAUUUUUGAGAUUGUGAUAGGAUUUUGAUUGCUGCUUUUUCAUCUUAUCUUUUCAAAUCAGUAUGAAUUAGACUGAAUACAAUAAAUUUACUGUUUUGCUAUGCAUUUGCAAUGUGUAUGAAAAUGAGUGGGCAAAAUGCCUUCCCCUUUUGCAGUGUGUAUAUACCCCUCAAUAGGCAUUUUCAUAUCCCAAUAUCAUGAUCAUUCAGACACCUGUAACACAUUCUCACUGUUUAAAUAUUCACAUUUUGAAUGGUAACUCAAGGAUAUAUUGUUUUCUUGAAAAUGCUUAGUCUUAUGAUGCCAGAUCACCUGAAAGGUACAUGUACAUACACCAUACGGCAGUUGUGUUCCUAUAAUGUAUUAUGUAAACUUAAGAUUAUUCAUAUAAUUUUGUUCAGAAUUGUAAUUAUGUAAUAUGCUUUUAUUGGCUAACUUGGCAUGGCAUAAAAUAUGUGAACAUUUUUUUUGUGCCAAACUUUGUAUUUUGAUCACAAAGUGUAAAGUUUCUAAAAUAUAAUUGGCCUGAAUUGCACACCUUGUUAUUGUGAAUGGCAUUGGCUUACUUUGAGUAUUUUUGUUUUAUUUCCUGCUUUCAACCUACUGUUAUUCUUUGGCCUUUAAGUAUAUGUAUACCCAUCUUGUGUCUAGCUUCACUCACUUUAUGACACCUUGAUGGACGGUCAAACAGUUGUAAUGACUGUUCCAAAAUUAGCAUCUUGAUGGUAUAAAUUUCAUUUAAGGAUGCCUGUUUGGUUUAUAGACGUGUCAAAUUAAGGCAGUUGGUAUCCUAUCUUGUUGAUUCCCUUGUUUCUGUAAUAUAAAUGACUAUCUGGCCAGAUGAUAAGUAAACCCUGGAUACAUAACUGUGAAUACAUCUGUUAGAAAUGUUACGGACUGUGAACUGUAUCCCAGGCCAGCCAAACUCUGUUGACUCCAAAAUGAUUUGAAAACUGUAAUAAAUCUGUGCAAGAUAUGGUUGUGUUUUGUUACUGUUUUCUUUGAAAAGAAUUACCUUGAUAUGAUUUACCUGUCAAAUGCAUACUUU